GUUGACCGUAUAAUGUAAAUAUGAAUAACAUGAUUAUGUUAUUCAUAUUUAUCUUUAUAAUACUAUCGCAAUCAAGCAUUACAGAUACUGGUACGGUAUGCAAUAGAAAGUAAACAACUGAACAAAGAGAAAGGACUUUCAGUUUAGUACACAAUACACCUUAUAAUGUAAUUAGGCAAAUUACUGUAUACAGUCUGACAGUAGGUUGUUGAGAGUAACCGCAAGUACCAUGAGUAUAGUGCAGUACCACGUCAGGAAGAGAUUUUUAUUUGUCUUUAUAAAUCAUUUCAUUGCAUAUUUACAGUCGAAUAUAUUGCCUGCUAUGCCAGUACAGCAGUAUGCCUGUACAGCUGUAUGCUGAUUAUGAAUUUAAUAUGCUUAUAAAUGUAUAAUGUUACCUAGUGCUGUAAUGCUGGUAGAUAAUAGGCAUAUAUAUGAUCUACGGAUAGACUUACCAUUUAUAUGAAACAAAGACCUGGACAUUGCAAAAUUAAACAAACCUUGGUACAAUACCGAGGAUUUGCAAUAUUCAAAUCAUUGGAAAAUGUGCGAUUUAUUCCGCAGUUUUGAAUAAUCUAACGACAGUUCAGCCAUUGUCAAGAUGUUAAGUUGGUGUAUUGAUUGUAUACUAAAUGCUGAAAUGUAAUAUCGCAAUAUAGUAAUUCUCACUGGACUAGUAACUGUCAACUGUAGUAAAGUAAGUUGUAAAUCAAUUGGGGAUAAAUUGUCUGCCUCGGUAAAAAAAUAAAUUUAUUUCAAAGAGUUAUAUAAUUUAUUGCCCAUAUAAAUCAAACUCUCAGCACAGUAGCGUAUUCAGUUCACUGAUUUAUAUUUAGUUAAAAGUUACCAUAGAGAAUUAGUAUUAUUUUGUUUACGAGAAAAAUGGAGCCUGCAUCUACUCUUAAAACUAAGUGGGAAGGCAGCGAGAUUAAAACAAUGCUUGGCAUUGUCCAAGAAAUGAAUUUGGUUGGUCUGCUUGACCAAAAGAAGUCCAGGUCAGAAGUUCUGUACAAAGAGGUUGAGAAACAGUUGACAGCAAAAGGAUAUGAAAAAAGGUUUGAGAACACCAUUGUUAUGUUAUUAAGUGGCAGCCUAUUGAUUCCAAAUUUCAGAAAAAUGUGUUGGCUUUUUAGCAAAAUAUCAUCAUUUACAAAUUUCCAACAAAUACGUAAUAAAGUCAAGGCGUUGCGUUCCAAUUUCAACAAGAUAGUACGUCUGAAUUCUGUCAGUGGGGCGGCUCACAAAACAUGCGAGUAUUACGAUGAGCUCUAUGAAAUUUUCGGCCAUCGUCCAGCAGUUGAUUAUACCCAUAUGGGAGUCAAUUUUGGAAUCACCAACACGGUGUCACUAGAAAUCGAGGAAUCACAGAAUGAAAUGCUUUUUAGCACACCAGAAGAUCAAGGUGCUGAAGAAGGGGCAACUUCCAGUACCGACAUUUCAUCUAAUUAUGGCGAGAAUUCAGAUUCUGGAAAAAGACAUUCUGUUGACUUGGAAAGCUUUUUCGAAAAGCAACGAAUAUGGGAAGAAAAUAUGAUGCGUGAACAAAUGGAAGCUCAUGCCAAAUUAUUACGAGAGGCUGUGCAAGAGAUGGGAUCGGUAUUUUCUGCAUGCGUUUCACAGCUUUCGAAAACUCAAGACACCAACAAAUGAAUCUCAAGUUUACUGGGCCACAACAACCAUACUCAAGUGUCGAAAAUGCGUUUAUUCUCAAAAUGACAAAUUGAAAUUGGUGCAUGCUACAAUAAAUAUAAAAACCAAAA